AUGGCGGGAAGGCUUUUGACCCUGCUGUCGAUAGCCUUCGUGGUCGGCAAUGUGGCGCAGGAUGAGUCGUUGGCGAGGCAGCUAGCCGAGGAUGCCGCUAUUUCAGUGACCGAGGAGGUUACCCACAAACAGGGUCUUGCCAUUCUCUGGCAAUCCCUCGAGAAGGUACCAUGGAAGCACAUGAUGCUAACCUUGGCGGGCACGGUUUCGAUUGCCCCGAUGGUUAUACUUCUCGUCGUGGCCGUGGUAUUGUGCCGCGAAGCUCACAAGAUCCGAUCCUCCUUGAAAGAGUCCAAGAAGACGGGCGCACUCGUCAUUUCACCCUAUGCCGCGCACUCCGAAGCCGCUCCAAAGGUGACUUCGACAGUCGUCCAGCUGGUCCGUUUGGUUCGUAUAUGCGUGCCCUCGAUAUGGACGGAGCAAGCUUUUUGGCUAUGCUCAGCCGUCCUGCUUUCUUUGUUGUACGGACUGCUCUCUUGCUUAGUUCCCAGUGUCCUUGUUCGCCCGCUUUGGACGAUGGUCAAAGCAGACCUACCCGCGGCAUUUAGGGCUUUCGUGGCCAUCAUGCUCGGUUACAAUGCUGCCAUCGCGAUCGUGAAGGCGGCGAUGAACUUCAGCGGCAUGCGAGCAAUGAUCGCGUUCCGCCGCGCGCUGACGGAGCAUCACCAUGCAGCCUACAUGAGCCGAGAAGGACGGCUCUACUACACAAUUGGUAAUCUGGAUUACCGGAUAGACACGCCUGAUGCCAUCAUCACCAACGACACCGACCUGCUUCUGCAGUUCCUGUUCGAGUUUGUCUUCGGGGGGAUCAUGAAGCCUGAGUCAGGUUCCUUCUGCCAGCUCUUUUUCCUCGUCUUCACAGUGGCCGUGGCCUACUUCGAAGCCGAGGAUGGUGCCCCCGGAUGGGGGAUUCCUUCGAUUGGCAUUGCUUUCGCGGUAGUGAUCGUGUCCUUGGUUCCGACUCUUUGCGCAGCCGAUGGUCUCACGAAGGCCCAAACGGAGGUUCAGGCAGCCGAGGCGGCGUUACGCUCGGCCCAUGCCAAAUGCCGGCUUUUUGCGGAGUCUAUUUGUUUCUACGGCGGAGAGGACAGCGAGAAAGAGAGAAUCGACAAUCUCUACGAUGCCGUCCGAAAUGGCUUCCACCGCUUUGCAAAGUACAAGCUAUUGGUGGAUCUUAGCCAACUCGCCUUCUACUUCGGUCUGGCUCCCAUCUCGAUGACGAUGGCGGCCUUCAUCGUGCGGAAAGGCAAUUGGACGCAGGACUCCGAGACGACGUUUUAUGUGCUCAACCUCACUUUUCUGCGAAUCAUCCGCUGCUGCUUGGAGAUGGCGAAGAGCGUCGUUGACCUGGCAAAGGCUCAGGCCAUGCUUCAGCGGGUGGUACAGCUCUUAGAGGUCAUGGAUGCCUUCAUCGUCUUCGAGAGUCAUCGCAAGGAGCAGGGUGCUUUGAGUCGGGCAGACGGGUUCCUCAUCGACGAGGAGGAGGUUCUCUGCUGCUUGUCCUACUACCGUGUGCAGCAGCUGCACUGUGGCGCUGUCGUGCCGCUUACACACGCCGAUCACGUGGGCUUCGAGCACGUGGACAUCUACACUCCCGAUGGCAUGAGGUGCUUGAUGCGGGACAUCAGCUUGCGGAUGGAUCCCGGAGAGAGUUGCUUGAUCAUGGGACCCAGUGGCAUCGGCAAGUCCUCGCUGCUCAGGGUGCUGGGGCAGCUUUGGCCGCUGUUCCGAAGCCCAGCAGACAAAGGCGAUGAUGCAUCGUUUAGUCGUCCCGGACCUUUCUCUGUAUUUUUUCUGGCCCAGCGUCCAUACCUCUUCCAGGGGACGCUCCGUGAGCAGGUGGCCUACCCUAUUUGGGACACGUCCCUGCUCACCGAUCUGUCCGACGAGAAGAUGGAAAAGCUUUUCAUGGAGAGUGGGCUCGAGGACGUUUGGGAAGCGAGGAGGGAUGAACUGGACGCCCCUGGCAUUUGGUGGGACGAUGUCCUGUCGCUGGGGGAGCAGCAGCGACUGCAAUUCUGCAGGCUCUUCUGGCAUGCAGAGUGGCACCCCGGCUGGAACGUGAAUGAGCUUACCCUAAACCCUAAACCCUAA